GGGCUUUGCAAGGUUCAGUUCAGGGGUCAGUGUGCCACCAAAGAUCUAAUGCCGCUGCUGGAAUCUAAUAGUCUUGGAAACAUAAAUGAUUGGCAGAAUGUGGUUGUCAUGCAGCCAUCCUGUGUAUAACGAUCUGGGAUUCAAGCCUCUUUCAGCAUUCACUCGCCGACUGAGAGAGGUGCGAGAGCCUCAGUGUGCAACUCAACGCGGCCAUGCCGUCCACGCGCGCCAGCGUCAAAGUGUGUGUCUUUGGUUCUGGAACUUUUGGGACUGCCCUGGGAAGCGUUAUUGCGCGCAAUGGUUUCACAGUGACCAUUCUUUGCAGACGUGAAGAGGUUGCAAACAGCAUCAACACUCAACACAGGAAUCCUAGCCAUUUAUCUGAGUGCAAGCUUCCACCCCUGCUUUCUGCAACAACAUGCCCAGAAGAGGCCUUGAAAGGAGUAGCCUUCAUCGUCCACAGUGUGCCAGUUCAGGCCUCCGAAGGUUUUUUGAAGCCACUGAAAGAUUUGAUCCCUGCAGAUGUGCCCCUGAUAUCAAGCUCCAAAGGCAUCCACUCAGAAACGCUGGAGACCAUGGCUGAGCUGGUUCCCCGAGUCUUGGGGCGUCCACAAGUCAUGGCUUUUUUGAGUGGCCCUACCUUUGCCAAAGAGUUGAUGGACGAAAUUCCAAGUGCUGCCGUAGUUGCAGCAGAAGAACCUGCAGUAGCUGAGAGUUGCUCUGACCUCUUUCACUGCACCGUCUUCAAAACUUACACUACUACAGAUGUCACUGGAGUUGAGGUGGGUGGAGCUUUGAAGAAUGUCUACGCACUUGCAGCAGGAACUCUAGAAGGUAUGGGCCUGGGUGUCAACACAGCGGCUUUCCUGGUGACCCGUGCUUGUGUUGAGAUGAACAUGUUGGCACUGGCCAUGGGAGCAAAGCCCCACACCAUGGUGGGCCUUGCUGGCAUUGGAGAUCUGAUGCUCACGUGCCUGGGGGGUGCCUCCCGCAACAAGGCAGUGGGUGCACGCAUUGGCCAGGGCGAGUCGCUGGCCUCGGUGCUCCAAUCCCGGCAGCAAUCCUUGGCCGGUGUGGCUGAGGGUGUGGCCACAGCCCCUGCAGCCUUGAGAUUGGCCCAGCGUCACCAAGUCCCCGUGCCCAUCAUCGAUGCUGUAGCCUCCGUCAUUGAUGGUGCUGCUGGACCAAGGGAGGCAGUGCUCAGCUUGAUGCAGCGUCCGAAGGGUGAAGAUUUUGCUGCUCAUGUUCUGCAUGGAGCAGAGAAGCAGCUUGAGCGUAGUGUGUCACCACUUGGAGUCCGGCCGAAGUAUUGGGCCUUUCUGGCCAUUGGCCAAGCCUCAUUGAUCACAGUACUUCUCCUUUGGUCUGUUCGACGACGAAGCUAGAAUAGUUCAGAAGUUCAGAUAUGCUCAGAUUCUGUUGAGCCACGCCUAUGUACAGAUGGCUCCAGCGGGAGCCCAGCGCUUAAUCUUGUUCUCACCCGCAUGCCUUGCUCAAAGAGUACAGCACAUAGAUGCGAGGUGCUGGUGUCUCAGCGACACUCACAUAAAUGUUGCAAAUGUAGAGUCAUUGUUUCCAAGCUUUCAAACGUGCGAGAAUAGAUGAGAAUAGAA